CGGAGAUGCAAUUUUCGUCGCGCUGCGUGGACUUUAGUGCUUUCACUCAUCUCCAGAUCCCUGGAAACAAAAAGAGCAAAUUCGUAGAAAGAAAGGAAGCAGAAAGCGAAGAAGAUCUUCUGCAAUUAACUCAGAAUUUCUAACUGAACAAGAAGAAAAACAAGCUCUACAUCUUCAAUGACAGCGCCAGCGACUCUCAGAUAACCCGCACUCAAAAUUCCAUUAGGAAGGGAAAAAAAACAAAAAAAAGAAGAAGAAAACCAUGGCCCAAAAUGAGGGAGCACCGAAGAACGCUGGUCCGCGGCCAACGAUCGCACUUCCUCCGCGCUCUUCCGUUGAGAACCUCUUCAUGAGAGGGCCGGACGCCAGCCCUGGACCGAUGACACUCGUCUCCUCCUUCUUCGCCGAGAACGACCCCGACUCCGACUGUCGGUCCUUCUCUCAACUCCUGGCGGGGGCGAUGGCCUCUCCCCGGCCGGCCUUCGACAGCAGCUCGACCAUGGGCGAUUCCUCCGGUGGGCUUCGGUUCAAGCAGAGCCGUCCGAUGGGCCUGGUGGUCGCACAAUCGCCAUUGUUUACUGUCCCUCCGGGGCUCAGCCCUGCCAGCUUGCUUGAUUCUCCAGGCCUCUUUUCAUCUGGCCAGGGUCACUUUGGAAUCUCCCAUCAGCAGGCCCUGGCUCAAGUUACCGCUCAGGCUGCCCAAUCCCAAUCUCAUAUGCACGUCCAUGCUGAGUAUGCAUCUUCUCUCUCAGCUCCAACUGAAACUUCUUUGGCAUGUCCUACGCGCCCUACUGUAAAUGCAAAUCGACUCCAGCAGAUGCCAUCUUUGACAUCAGAUGCUGUAACCACCACGUCGGAACAGCUGGAGGUCUCGCAUUCUGAUCAAAGAUCUCAACCCCUGUCCCUUACUGUGGAUAAACCUGCUGAUGAUGGCUACAACUGGCGGAAGUAUGGGCAGAAGCAGGUGAAGGGAAGCGAAUAUCCGCGGAGCUACUACAAGUGUACCCAUCCAAGUUGUCCUGUCAAGAAAAAGGUUGAACGUUCCCUUGAUGGCCAAGUAACUGAGAUCAUCUAUAAAGGCCAGCACAAUCAUCAACGACCUCAACCUACUAAACGUUCUAAAGAAGGCCCAUCUGGAUCUGCUGAGUUGAACGGAAAGAUAGAUAUGCUUGGGAAUCCCGAGGCUGGUUCUCAUAGUCUCACUGGGAAUUUGAGCAAAUCCAAUGAAGUCAUAGCUGCUACAGGGUCUAGGAGGGAUCAGGAUUCUGGCCUUGCAACAUCUGAACAGUUAUCUGGUUCAAGUGAUGCUGAGGAUGGGGGUGAUGCUGAAGUGAGGAUGGAUGAGAGGGACGAUGAUGAACCCGAUCCAAAGAGAAGGAAUGUGGACAUGGGGGUAACUGAGUCAGUUAAUUCACACAGGGCAGUCACGGAGCCUAGGAUCAUUGUCCAGACAACAAGUGAAGUUGAUCUUUUGGAUGAUGGGUAUAGGUGGCGCAAGUAUGGGCAGAAAGUGGUGAAAGGAAAUCCUAACCCAAGGAGCUAUUACAAAUGCACGAAUGCAGGAUGCAAUGUCCGUAAGCAUGUCGAAAGGGCUUCAACGGACCCCAAAGCUGUCAUCACUACAUACGAGGGGAAACAUAACCAUGAUGUCCCCGCAGCCAAAAACAGCAGCCAUAACACUGCAAACAGUAGUGCUUCUGCCAACAGUGUACAGCUGAAACCACACAAUGCCAUCGCUGACAAGCAUGCCUCAGUUCAAACAAUAGAUUUCAGAAACAAUGAUCAGCGGCCUGCAUCUGUUCUACGGCUGAAAGACGAGAAAGACCUUCCCUAGGCUAUGGAUUCUCCCUACGCAAAAUGAUAGUAUAUGGGAGAUUUUGAGCAAUGAUAACAUGAGCCUUCACCAUGAAUCUCAAUGGAUUGCGGGAAAGAAAGAAAAAAAAACCCAUAAGAUAUCGUUGUUCAAAAGCUCCAGUGGAGGCCGAGUGCCCAAACCUGAGGAGCCCAUUUGGUGAUGGUUUCAACCUGUAAGCUAUGUUAGCUUUUCAAAUGUUGUUGUAUUUAAUGAUUUCAUCAAUGUUAUGGUCUGUAUGUAUCAGUAAUUUGUUUUCUGUAGUAUAUUCCUUUCCAGUCUCUUCUGGUCAGGAUGCUGAUCCUAUUCAGACAAUGACAAGACAAAAUUACAUGGGAACACAGAAAGUGAUUUGCUUUUCUACCA